CUAACAUGGCAUAUGGUAUUAACUGGGAGUUGAUGCGGGGUUGGAUAUUCACCUGCAGAGUUGAAUAACGUCAGUGUUUCCUAUUUGGGAAGCUCGAAUGAGAGCACUUUGUAUAAUAACCACCUUCCUUCUACUACGCUGCUUCGUGUUUUAUAUCCCCUAUAAACCACCAGAUUGACCAAACUCUUCCAUUAAUACUGUUACAACUCAUAAUGUCGAGUUCUUUCGAUGGAAUAUACGAGCCUGGCGUCGUUGAUCCCGGCUUACCAGUGCACAACCCCACGACGCCCUUCUGGCAAUCAUCGCCUCACAAGUUCGCAAACUACAGGUCUACAUGGCCUGACGCUCCAGUAGACGCCGCCAUCAUCGGGUCAGGGAUGACUGGGUCCAAUCUCGCCCGGUGUCUGCUGAAAAUGCGACCAGGUCUGCGAGUGGUCCUCCUCGAAGCGCGAUCGCUCUGUUCUGGCGCAACAGGUCGCAAUGGAGGCCAUAUCAAGACCAUGACAUAUGCCGACUGGGAGAAUCGCAAGCGCGACCUGGGGGUGGAAGAAGCCAUCCGCGUUACCAAAUUCGAGCACAGCCAUCUGCAAGCAAUGGGCGACGCCAUUCGAGACGGCAACAUUGACUGCGAUCUUGCCAUGACAGACGGUGUGGAUGCCUACUACGAUGAAAAGACAUUCGCAAAGGCCGUGGCUAGUCUUGCAGAUAUGCGAACGUACAUUCCUGAAAUUGCCGAUAAAUACAAGGUCUGCACUGAUGUACACCAUCUCCGAACGGAAAUGAAGCUGUCUGACCGCUGCAUUGGUGCCAUCAUCGUCCCCUCUGCUUCGCUGUGGCCGUAUAAGAUGGUGCUGGGUCUGCUGGAACCGAUCAUCAGCGAUGGCACACUCAACGUCCAAACGAACACAACAGUCCUUAAGAUCGAGGAUGGACCGUCUCGCGAAUGCGCCACCAUCCACACCAGCCAAGGGGUGAUCGAAGCACGGAAUGUAGUGCACGCCACGAACGGCUGGCUAGGACAUCUCCUCCACGAGCUACGGCCAUAUGUCUCGCCCGUCCGGGGAAACGUCGUCCACUACGACGCCACCAGCAAUAAAUCCCCCUUCGGCCUAAGCAACCAGUACUCCCUCUGGCUGCGCUACGCAGCAAAGGACUACGACUAUCUCAUCCAGCGAUCCGGCGGGGACAUUGUGGUAGGACGCGCCAACACCGCACGCAAGGCAACAGGCGACGACAGCAGGACAGACCUGGGCCCUAUGGCACAUUUACGCGGAAUGGCAGACGAAGUCGCAAGGACUCCAGUCAAAGGAGCAUCAGCACACAUCUCGCACGCCUGGUCUGGUAUUCUCGCAUUCACGCAGGACACUUCGCCUUUCGUGGGGCGACUGCCCUUUCCCCAGCGAGAGCACCAAUGGGUAUGCGGUGCGUACCAUGGAGUCGGUAUGACCAAGGCGUUUCGUACGGCGGAGAUGUUGGCACAUUUGAUUUUGGACCUUCCUUUGAGUGACGAGUAUCCUCGUUCCAUGUUUUUGACGGACAAACGGUUGGCAGAGCUUGAGAAAUCGCUGGACCAGAAACCGAUCAAAGCGGCGUUGUAGUAUAUCUAGGUUAAAGAACUGAAGCAAAAUAUGGUGAAUAAAGC